GUAGCUGUGUAUAUUGCACAACAACCGUCUUCCAAGCGCGGCUGGACGGUAUUCCGUUCAAGGAAGACUCAAUUCCUUACUCGCGGUAAAAAUGAGAGAUCGUCACUGACAACAUGAAGAGAGGGGGUCCGUGUGCUAUUUAUUGUGUCGCCCUCCUUGUUGCUGUGGCUGUUGACAACACCUUAGCUCUGACUGGCCCUACUGGUAGUGUAUGCGGCAGUCAGUGUUGUGACGGAUGGGACCAAGUUGGGGACACCUGCGUUCACUGCUACUACCCAUGUGUACACGGCACCUGUGUGGACACUAACGUCUGUGAGUGUGAGCCUGGGUGGGAAGGACAUGACUGUAGUCAAGACGUUGACGAGUGUUGGUAUGAGACCCACGCGUGUCACCACAACUGUCACAACAACGAUGGAUGUUACACCUGUUCCUGUGACGACGGCUUCCACCUCAUCAACUCUACACACUGCGUCAGUUCUCCAACCUCCGACAUCAGCAGUACACCGGUGGUACCGCCACAGGGAGCUACAGAGAUUCCUGCACACUGUGUCACAGCUACAACAACCCAAACUACACAGAGAACCACCAGAACCACAACUACAGCCAGCAUGACUACAAGGCGACUACUGAGGACCGACAGAACUACUUCUCCAGGGGGAUCGCCAGGGCGCCAGAACGUUGACUGGAGGAUCUGGGCAACAGUCAGCGGAUGGGCCCUGGUGCUUCUGGUCAUCUUCAGCAUUUUCAUCUAUUGCAAGAAGAAGAAGAAGACGACACCAGCAGAAGCCGGCCGACAGCAACGGUUCGCAAACACUGGAGCUCCCGGACAACCCGGCUACAGCCACAUGCCCUGGCGAAAUCCCACUUACGAUAACAUUUACGUUGAAGAAAUUCGCGAAGCGCCUAGCCCACCGCCCCCGUAUGCGGCGACGGAAGGUUACAGAGCUACGGCGGGCUUUGCGGUUGUAGCCGGAAUGCCAGAGGUUGAUAUAACGCAUAAGGAUGAUGUAGGCGUUGGGAAAGCUGGUAUUUCGUUCCCAGGUACAAUCUCUGCAUUUCCGACUAACUUGGAUGUUGAUAUUCAGAAAGAGCCGCCCGUACAAGAUGAUGCUUAUAAAACACUGAACAUGGCUCCUGGCAAUGAUUGGGAGAGCUCUAAGCGCUGCUGAAGUGUAGUAUUAAGUGAUAAGUAUUUCAUUAUUUCAUGAGUCGUGGUACGAGGUCAAAUGUAGAAUUUCCCAUACAGGAUCCAAGAUUGUAGUAACAACCAGCACCUAUCACUUGUGUGGAGCGGUACACGGAUGAGCUGUUUGCUUUGUUGCUUUGAUUUUGUUUACAAUGU